AUGUCGAAUUUAUCCAAACUUGAGUUUGUGGCAUCAUAUAUUUCUGGAAAGAAUUAUCUUUCAUGGGUACGCGAUGCUGAGAUUCACUUAGCUGCUAAAGGUCUUGAUGCCACAAUUACUCAAGUAAAUGACGCAUCGAGCCAAGAUAAGGCGAAGGCUAUGAUUUUCCUUCUUUAUCAUCUUGAUGAGGGCCUGAAGAUUGAAUAUCUAAUGGAAAAAAAUCCACUUGAAUUGUGGACUAAUCUAAAGGGGAGAUAUGAUCACUUAAAGGCAACAGCGUUGUCAAGAGCUCGUUAUGAGUGGAUGCAUUUACGAUUUCAAGAUUUUAAGACUCAGCAAUAUCGUGAAAAGGGUUUUCAUAAAUACUUUGAACUGAUCACAUGUCUCCUGGUGGCUGAGCAACAUAAUGCUCUUUUAAUGAAAAAUCAUGAAGUUCGUCCCACUGGAACUGCUCCACUAUCGGAAGCAAAUGUGGUGAAAGCACGUGAUAAAUCUGAAGUAAAAAGAGAUGAUCAUUGGGGUUAUAGUAAUGCACGGGGACGUGGCAAAGAAAAGAGGGAUACACCAAUCGUCGAGGUGGUGGUCAUAAUAAAAGGGAGAACAACAUGA